UAUUUUCUCAUUCCUAACAAAAAAAAAUUAUCUCAUGAUUGUUAGCAAUUUAAUUUCUGCUCAAUGUAUUCAAUGAAUAUUUAAUAAACAUCGCAAAUUAGUCGUUAUAUUAUUAGAAGUUUGAAUGAUAUAAAUUUAAAUUAUCUUAUAAAAUAACUAUGUUAUAACAUCUAUUAAAAUCAUUUUUAUAGAAUGUAAAUGAUUUAAAUACGCUCAAAAUGUCAAAAAAUUUCCUGAAAAGUAGUAUUGAAAACGCUUCACUAAAUAUUCUUCUUCAAAUUGGUUUUAGAUGUUUAACCUUUGUCUUAAACGCAUGUGUUCUCAGACACGUGUCCCAAGAUGAAAUUGGGAUAACCAAUGUCAGGUUACUAUUAUUAGAGUCAACAGUAUUAUUCUUAAGUCGAGAAGCUUUUAGAAGAGCAUGUUUAACAGCAACAACACAACAUGAUUGGCCUAAAGUGAUUAACCUUAUCUGGCUAUCAGUACCACUUUGUAUUGGAAUUAGUGGAGUAUGUGGUUAUGUUUGGUUAAACUUAUUGGAACAACCUAAUAUAUCUCUGACAUUGCAUUAUAAAUUUGGAGUAUGGUCAAUAUUAAUAAGUUGUGUUAUGGAACUUUGUUCUGAGCAAUUGUACAUUGUAGGACAAGCAUUUCUAUUUGUUAGAGUACAGAUAGCAUUGGAAAUUAUUAAUAUAACUAUACGAACAAUUAUUUAUACUACUUUGGUUAUGAGCUGGAGUGGACAAAAUGCUGUACUAGCUUUUUCAUUUGCUCAACUAGCUUCAAUAUUUAUAUAUACUUUAUCAUUUUACGCAUAUUUUUGGUACUAUUUAAGAAACAAAAAUGACAAUUUACCAUUCAAUUCUAUGUGGGACUUAUUUCCUAAAAUAUUUAAAAAAAAAUGGUCAGAAUGUUUAGAUUUUAGAUUAGUUUUAUUACUAUGGAGUUUUUUGAAGCAAGGAUUUAUGAAACAAUUACUGACUGAUGGUGAACGUUAUGUAAUGACAUUUUUCAACACACUAAAGUUUAAUCAACAAGGGGUAUAUGAUAUUAUUAAUAAUUUGGGAUCUUUAGCAGCUCGGUUUCUGUUUAGACCUGUAGAAACUGCUUCUUAUUUUUAUUUUAGUCAACUUGUACAUAGAGAUGUCCCUAUUAAAAAACAAAUAGAGCAAGAUUCAAAUAGAAUCAAAGAAGUUGUAAAUGUUUUGGAAUGUCUAUUACGUGUGAAUAGCUCAAUUGGAUUAGUUGUUCUAUCAUUUGGUCAGGCAUAUGCAAAACUUGCCUUAUAUCUUUAUGGAGGGUCAGCAUUAGCCGUUGGUAUAGGUCCUAUUAUAUUAAAAAUGCAUUGUUUAUCUAUUUUGUUUUUGGCUGUAAAUGGCAUUAUUGAAUGUUAUGCUGCCGCAACCAUGAAUAUCACUGAAUUAAACCAGUAUAAUGUGGAAAUGGUUUAUUUAUCUGUGAUAUUUAUAUUUAUUUCAUUUGUGCUAUCUUCUUUUUUUGGAGGUUUGGGUUUUAUUUUAGCAAAUUGUUGUAAUUUUGCAUUUAGGAUUAUACAAUGUGGACGAUACAUUAUAUCUCAAUACAAAAAUACCAAUUAUAGUCCUCUUAAAAGUUUAAUACCAAAAAAACUAUUUUUAAUGACCUUAAUACUUUCUACAAUUUUAACAUUAUAUUCAGAGAACAUAUACUUUGAGAAUGAUAAAGUCUUCCAUGUUUUAUUUGGUGCAAUUUUAUUUUUCAUAACUGUGUCUAUUUGGUUAUUUGAAGAAAUAUCUACUCUAAAAUUUUUAAAUUGAUUCAGGGAUGGCUAGAAUUAGAAAGUGAUCCCGGGUUGUUUACAUUAUUGCUAGAAGACUUUGGUGUGAAAGGCGUUCAGUUAGAAGAAAUCUAUGACCUUCAAAAGCCUUUUCUAGAUAGCCC